AUGAUGAAGUAUUUGCUCUCACGUCCUCUAAUAAACAAAGACCAAGCCAAUCUGUCAAAACACGAUGCCUCGUUUUUAAAGGGCAUUCCCCCUUCUCUCUCUUCCUUCCCUCUUUCUUAAUUAUCUUAAUUCCCUUCAAUUCUGGUAAUCUAGCUAACCCUUUUCCAUUUUCCACCGUCGCCACCUUCUAGGUGGUAUCAAGGGUCAAUAUCAAAUCACACACAGCACAGUUACUAGCUACCUCCAAAUCCCAAGAAAUGGAUAGUAAGUUCAGCAACAACCGCAAACCAUCCUAUACCAUCAACGAACAAGAAGACACUGAUGCAUCUCAAGAAAACAAUAUUGCAGACUCCCCUCCCUCUUCCACUGUGCUCAACAUCGAUGGCUUAGUCACCUCCCCCACUUCUUCAUCAAAGAGAAGGAGGGCAAUACAGAAAAGGGUAGUGCAAAUCCCAAUCAAGGAGACAGAAGGGUGUAGGCUAAAAGGAGAAAGCAACACCCCACCCUCGGAUUCAUGGGCAUGGAGAAAGUAUGGGCAGAAACCCAUCAAAGGUUCCCCUUAUCCCAGAGGGUACUACAGGUGUAGCAGUUCGAAGGGGUGUCCGGCACGGAAACAAGUGGAAAGGAGCUGUGUGGACCCCACAAUGUUAGUCGUCACUUACUCUUCCGACCACAACCAUCCCUGGCCGCUUUCUAGGAACCAUACAAGGCCCACAAAGAAGCCCGAACCAGAACCAGAACCAGAACCAGAACCAGAACCAGAGCCUGAACCGGUUCUGGACCCGGUCGAACCGGAGGAGAAGUUCGCGGAUCUGGGAAGGGACGAUUCCAUGAUCAGCACAGCGGAUGAGAUGGGGUGGUUUGGGGAGAUGGAAACGACGUCGUCCACGGUUCUCGAAAGCCCUAUAAUGACCACGGGCUUUCAUGCUGACGUGGCACUGUUGCCGAUGAGGGAAGAGGACGAGUCGCUGUUCGCCGACCUAGGAGAGCUGCCGGAGUGCUCGGUGGUGUUCCGCCAGGGGAUGCUGGCGGAGCGCCGGCGGUACACGGCUCCCUGGUGUGGGACCACAAGUUGAGGCCCAAAAAGUCAAAAUAAGAAAAACAAGAACUGCCUGUUUGACACGUUCUUCGUGCGGCACAAGAAAAAGAUACCAUUUUUUUUUCUUUCUAGUUUCUAGAUUUCUGAUUUUCUUUUAUUUUUUUUUUCUCUUGUUAUUUACCUUGUUGAAAGUAGAAAAAUGAAAAGGAGAAAUAUUGAGAGCGUAAAUCGAGUGUCCUGGAUUUAUUUUAACUUAAAUAAAUAAUGAUCAUCAAAUUCAAGUUAUAAAUAUUUGGAUCGAUUGAGAACUUUA